ACCAAGGUCAACCGUGAAAUUGUUUAAAUAAUAUUACAACUUUGUCUGUCUAGUGAGUGAAUAGUCUGUACUAUAGAUACAAACACCAAUAACAUGUACUUUUUCGGUUGGCCAAUAAUCUGACUGAUCUUCAAGGUUAAAUUAUACUACGCUAGUUUCCUAAGGUCUUGACUAAAGUACAGUGGGCAAUGAUUUGGACAAUAUAAGUCUGUAAUAAUAAUAAUAAUCGGAUCCUACUAGUUUAGCUAUCACAAUGGAGUAUGCUUUACAGAUAUCAUCACUGGGGAUCCUGCUGAUUUUAUUUAAUAUAAAUGACAGUUUCUCUUUAAAAUGCUUUGAAUGCGAAAACUGUCCAGAUCCUUUCAAGAAUACAUCUUCAGUGAGAACAAGAGAUCAGUGUGCGUGGUGUGCAAAAAUCCUAGUAAAAACUACCGGAGUUAUAAACAGAGAAUGUGCACCUAAAUGCGAAUUUGAUUAUUGGGCUCAAAAAUACAAAUCACUUUCUUAUUAUUGUUGUCAAACUGAAUAUUGUAAUAAAAAUAUACAAACUCGUACAAUACAUCAAAUACUACUUAUCUUUGUAAUAACACUCACUUGUUUCUUCAUAAUUGAGAAGAAAUGAAACAAGCCAAAACAUGAUCAUUUAUCCUAAUUAAUUACCUUCAUUAGCAUGCUCUUUACAUUUUAUACAUUUCAUGUACGAACUAUUUAUAUAUAUAUAUAUAUAUAUCAUUUUAUUGUUUACUUAAUAACUUCAUAAUUCACUAACAAUCUUUUAUUUUUAUCUCUAAUCUAAAUGAAUGGACACGACUCAAACGAUGAAGUUUUUAUUUGAUUGUGAAGUUAAAUCUACAAAACUGAGUAAUUAUGUGUGUGGAUAUUUGAUAUAUUUGAUUCAAUUUUGAAUGUUAACAUCAACUGUUUAAACAAAAUUUCCAAGGCAUUGACGAUCAGAACUUAUAAAUUUUCUAAUCUAUGGAAAAUCAACCGUUCAUAAUAUACAUGAUAUAAAUUAGGUGUUGUAACAUCAAAAGUUUAAACUAGAGCUCUUUGUGUGACUUUAUAGGAUUGUUUAAAGUAUUGAAGUUCUUGUGAGUAAGUGAUCAAGUGACUCAUUGAUUUGUAUGGUUUCAGACGUUACAUAUUCUCGUGACAUUUGCAGCUAGCAUACGUUCACUGGAAUGACAAAUACCCUUAUGAUACUUACUAGUCUACGAAGUUUUGAAUUUCAAGUUAUGUAAACUACAAGUUGGUCAAUAAGAAAU